UCACUUAUGCUAAACUUUGGUCAGGAGGAAAGUUGUCGUGGAGUUAGGAGGUUGACCGAUUUAAAAAGUACGCACGUGCAGUUUUAUGUCAAAAUGUCGGCUUUGAAUUCAGAGGUUCCGUCUAUUAAUGUGGAGGACUUUGACCGUCAGCCGGAGGGUAUAAAGUAUGCUAGUAACUUUGACAUCUGGAAGAACAUCAACGCCAUGCUCCAUGGAUCACUGAACAUUCCAGAGAUGGGCCCCACCGCAGUUCCUCCUGACCAAUCAAAACAAACAAUUCAUCAGAUGGGGGUCCGUUCCCAUCAAGACCCCACACCCAACAUCUACGAACAGCUGUACAACAGUGUGUACUCUACUAAUGCGGCUUAUCAGAGUACAGCGGGGGCAUAUAAUACUGGCCAAGGAUAUUCCAAUAACCCAUAUCCAGGGUUCCAGCUGUUCUCUGUAGCCAAUACAAACCAGGCUCAAAAUCAAUCCCAGAAUGCCUCAGGCUCACAUCAAUCCCAUGCUGCUCACUCAACUCAUGCUGCUCACUCGGGGCAACCGCAGCCACAGAUCCCUAACUAUGGAUAUGGUACUCACUCCUACAAGGACAUGUAUACAACUCCUCCUAAACAAUCCCGGGCCAUCAAAGGCAGUCCAGGUACUCCCAAUAGCAGUGACUAUGGAACCCUGUCCCCCCAGAGUCCACAGAACGAGGGUGGAUUGUCACCUGUAGAGAAGAUGAUAUACUCCAGCAUCAUGCAACAGGGAAACAAACAGACGAGGAGUGUCUCCCCCUGUGACUCUGACACCAGUGGUAUCAGUAGCGAGGGGUCAGAGGCCGCACUCAUAGACAUGAUGAACACACUGAAUCUGGGAAACAGAGUCCAGCAACCUCAGCAACAAACCACAGCACAGGACGUUGCUGCCCAGAUCUACAACGCACAGCUGCAGCAGCAGCAGCAACAGGUGGUGCGUGAGAACGCCAGCGCCCUGAGUCAGGUCAUCCCACAGGCCAGGACGACAUACGGCGGCGUGGUCAAUCCUUUCCUGAUGGCCAGCACUGACCCCUACGCUAUUGACCGGGCAGCCAGGUUACACAGGAACGCUGCUGCAAUGUGUGAGGCCACAUGUACCUGGAGUGGACAACUUCCCCAGAAGAAUUACAAAAACCCCACCUACUCUUGUAAAGUAUUCCUAGGGGGCGUGCCCUGGGACAUCACAGAGGCUGGUCUACAGUCUGCCUUUAUGAAGUUUGGAUCCUUCAAGAUUGAGUGGCCAGGAAAAGAUGGUUAUGUGUACCUUUUGUUUGAAUCAGAGAAGGCAGUGAGGGGACUGUUACAGGACUGCACUCAUGAUUUCAGUAGUGGUGAUUACUACUUCAAAAUAUCAAGCAGAAGGAUGAGAGCAAAGGAGGUUCAGGUGAUCCCGUGGGUGCUGAGUGACAGUAACUUUGUCCGUCAGCCGUCACAGCGACUGGACUCCAACAAGACGGUGUUUGUGGGGGCCCUCCAUGGGAUGAUGACCGCCGAGGCCCUCGCUAACAUCAUGAAUGAUCUCUUCGCUAACGUGGUGUAUGCUGGGAUAGACACAGACAAACACAAGUACCCUAUCGGAAGUGGUAGAGUGACCUUCAGUUCUAAGAAGAGCUACAUGAAGGCUGUCCAGGCUGCCUUUAUAGAGAUCAAGACACCCAAGUUCACAAAGAAGAUCCAGGUUGACCCGUAUUUGGAGGACUCUAUCUGUAGCCUGUGUGCCACGCAGCAGGGGCCUUACUUCUGUCGGGACAUGCAGUGCUUCAAGUAUUUCUGUAGGAACUGCUGGUACUGGCAGCACGCGCUGGACAGUCUGCGUCAUCACAAACCGGUCACCCGGAACACCAAGACCACAAACCUCAUCGCGGCCGCGUCAGUAUAAAGGAAACCAGUCACCCGGAACACCUAGAUGACCAGCCUCAUCGUGGCCAUAUCAGUGUAAAUCGAAGGAAAUCAGUUUACAGAUAGCUUUUCAGUUUAAAUGAAAUUUGAACUUUUUGUCAUUCCAUAUCAGAUUUUGGAGAUUCUAUUCAACAGAGUAGAACUUCCUGAAAAAAAAAAAAUCUUUUUUUUUUUUUUUUUUUACAAAGGUGCUCAGGAAAGUGCUACAUACCCGAUUGUUUUCAU